AACCCACAAAAAAGAAAAAAAUCAACAAAUCAGCACUGUAAAUACAAAGAGUCACAAAUGAAGACAUUUUGUUUAGUCACGGUCACUCCGGGAAGAAGCGUCGUGCAUGCCUGAGCCAUCCUCUACACUGAUCCCCUGUUAUGUCCUCACAGGCAGCGUCCAUUGCAGUCAUGAGAGCCCUCUGGUUUUCCGCAUGGUGUUCAUACACGCUCCAUCUCCAAGCAGAGAAAAACUCCUCGAUAGGAUUGAGGAAUGGAGAGUAUGGUGGCAAGAACACAUUGUGCAUUCUUGGAUGCAUGUUGAACCAUCCCCGGAUGCGUGGACCCCGGUGGAAACUAACGUUGUCCCAUAUAAUUACAAACUGGGGUAGGUGGGGCCCUUCGAGACCCCUCUCAUUUUCUGGGACCAGAUCAAGAUACAGUUGAUCCAGGAAACGGAGGAGUUUAUCUGUGUUGUAUGGGCCCAAACUUGCAUUGUGGGUGGCCACACCAUUUUCUGAGAUGGCCGCGCACAUGGUUAUACACGCCUCCUUCGUUAGUCAAAAACUUAUUUCACCUAACCUGAUUAUCCUAAAUUUACUAUAACAUCUUCCAAAAUAUGUACUGUAUUCUAUUCCAGUUUCCUAACACUAUUUUGACAAUUGAGCAGACUAUUCUGCAUAUGAUGACUUAUACGAUGAAAAUGUGCUGACAUGUUUUGAGGACAAUAACCAUGACACUGAAAACCAACCAAUUGGGAUAGAUCAGCAAGAUACAUUCAUUUGAAAAAUGUACUAAAUGUUGGCUGAUUGUGUUAACUGUAGGAUACUUGUACAUAGCUAUUUGCAAGGAUGUACUAAAGGCUUGACACAUGUACAAAGCAUUUGGAAAUGUGAUGAAAGCAAUGAUAAAUGCCAUUCUGUUGUGAGAAACUGCAAGAUAGUUUGGGGAUUUGUCCAUGUUGUUAUGGGAAUGUCAUCUCAGUUUCAAGAAAUGAGCCAAACCAAUGGAGAAAAACUGUAAAAACAUAUGUACAAGGGCCAAGACCUUGCUGCAAUUGACUCCAGCCUGUGGUCAUUUAUUCCCCCUGUCCCUGCUUUCCUGUCUGUCUUCAGCUGUCCUGUAUAAUAAAAUAAUAAUAAUAAAACAUAGUGUUCAUUACCAAGAACAUACACUGUGGUUUCUUUUCACUCCAUCCCACAUACACUGUGCUACUGCCUGAAGUACUCACAAGAUCAGCAAAUGUGUAUUAAUCCACAGCUGAAAAUAGUCCCAAAAGAAUGCAGUAUUUCCUUCUGUUUCAGUAACGAUUGUUAACACAGUGUCCAGACAUUUUAGCACAUUACUGGCCUGUUUUUUUUUUUUUUAAAUAAUGUAUUUGUGACAAUAUUUUUUUCGUUGUUUGAAAUAAAUGGGCCCAAAGCUAAAGCGACAUUGAGGAGUCAGACAAUACUGAGAGAUGAACUAACACGCUGUUGAUUUUUGUCUUUUCGUGGGAUUUAUUAAAAAAGCUUUUAAAGCAUUUCGCUGUGUUAUUUAUUUACUGACUACUACUUGUGUAUCAAGUGUGUUUUGCGUUUAACUCGUUUUUUAUUUUGUCUGUCUAGAUCUGUUCCUUGUAGAGUCUAAUUCUUUCAUAAAUGUCUAAUACUUUUAAUUUCAAACCAUACCUACUGGGCUCCACUUAAUCUUUCUAUCAAAUAUUACUGGCUGCAUCUUAGUCGUCAUGGAUACCAUGCGCCUCUGCCAACAUGUGAGGUGCCAAAGCAAAUGCUCUGUUAACUCCUGAACACAUGUACAUGCACAUAUCUAGAAAGCUUAUAGUGACUAUAGUUGACAUUAAGUGUAUAUGUAUAUGGGUCUGUGCUGUACAAGUGUGUUACUGUGCAAUCAUAUAUGCAUGUGUGUCUGUGUGUGAUGCAGGCAUGUGUGAGUGAAUUUACAUUUGAUCAUGCACAUGCUGAUGUCAAGCCGCACUCGGGAUCAAAGUUUUACUAUCACAACCUGUUGCUAUGGAGACAUGAGAGCGGAUUCACAUGUCAUGUUGCUUCAGUCUAAUUAUGCAGUAAACACAGAGACUGUUGUUUCAGUUCUUCAUGUUAAAUCAGAAUAAAACGUGCUGAAUAAUACUGAACAAAAUAAGAAAGAAACAAAUCAAAUAAAUGUAGAAAAAAAAGUAGAGAAACAUCGCAACUAUUAAUCUGCCAUUUUUGUAAACCAUAAGGUUACAACUUUUAUCCUGAUCCCCAAAUGUAUCAUCGACCUUCAUCGAAACUACAUAUCUUAGUGAGUAGUGAGUAGCCAUUGAAAGGCUUAUGCACUUGCAGGCUACUCCUGAAAGGUUAAUUGCCAUGUGACUGAGAACUGUUGUACGGUCAAAGUAAGCAUUAUGGUGUCACCAGCAGCUGCCUCAGCAGCAGUACUGCAUUUUGUGUGUGGGGCAUUUAAAGCAUAGCCGCAAGCAUGACUAAACAUCUAUUUACGUUAGCCUCUGGUUUACACACAGGAGACAUGGAGACUUUCUGUCGGCUAUCUUAUCGAAUGAGUGGCAAAAUGGCUGCAUUGCCAUUACCACACCAUUGUUGGUUGUGCAAAUGAUAUAAAAUCCAGUAUUAGGGAUAAUUUAAUUACAAAGGAGCUAUGCAGGCCUCUAUAUUCAACAUAUUACUUAUACCAAUUACCGAAAGGUAACAUGGAAGAAAUGCAGACAACGUUCUUAUGUAUCUUAUGUGAAUACUAGAAAUGGGGAAAGCCAUCUUGGAAUAAUGUGGAAGGAGUUCUCUCAGUUUGACAUGAAUGCAGGAAAAGGCGUAAGUAAGACAGGCUUCUGCACCCCCCCACCGAUAAACACACAUAGAAAUAUUAAUAUUAACAUUUAAAACUGCAUUGAGUGAUUUUAUGUGAGGCACCAGCCCUAAAGAAAUUGAAUUAGUCUAUUAAAUAGCUGUUAGCUGAUGUUGGUGAUGUAGUAGCCCAACUACAUGGGGAAAAAAAUGAUCUGGUAAAAUAAAUGAACAAUUCAAUUAAAGAAACAGGGCAACAGCCAACAUGUAGCAGAGCGAUAGAAACUGAGCUAUCUCUCUGAGAAGACAAACCCAGACAAACUGCAGGACUAAAUGAGAGAGACUCAACACUCAGCCAGGGAGGACACCUGCUGGCGAAACACAGAGAUGACACCAGAGAUGACAAGCUCUCUGAUUGGUCCACCAGAAAUCAUUGUCUUCGCCUUCAGUCUUUCACUGAAUGAGACAGAACAGAAGAAAUCUUUCAUAAACAAUGAGUCUGAAAGGAUUACUAGAUUUUCAGAACCCAUUGAGUUAUUCAUAUUGCAUUCUGCUAUAGACCUACAUAAAGCACGAUAUCUGUUUUACCAGCUCUUAUCCAACAACUUUUUUAAAUUGUCAAACUCUUCUUCUAUAUGAGCAUCGACACAGUUCAUGAUCAGUAAAAACAUGAGUGAGUAGAACACAUUUCAUGUAACUGUGCCUGCACUAAAGGCCAACAAAACAAGGUUCUGACCGGGGUGGUGAGGCAAUCAUGUGGCUUUUGAACUGAGUCAUGCAACACUCCAAACAGUCCGGCUUUACGUCCCUUGCAAACAUCAGCUAUAAACACUGCCUUGUGGAAGCUUCUCCUCUUCCAGGAAUGAAUCAGAGUGUAAUAACCCCUCCUCCUCUUCCUGCUUUCCAACACAGUCAGCCGUUCGCAGAUCUCCCAGUUUACAGAUAGGUGUAACCAACGUUUUAAAGUGAAACCCCAUUCAGUGCAGAUCAGCGAACAAUACUGAGGAAGAGAAGUAGGUUUUGUUGCCGAUCAGUUCUCUGUUUUUAUGGUAAAAGAGAAAGUGAAACUCGUUCAUAUUUACUGUGACUUCGAGGUGAAAUGGCGCAGCAACAAAACCUAAUGGAUCAGAAAAAACUCUGCUGUUCAAUCUGUCUGGACCUACUGAAGAGUCCUGUGACUAUUCCCUGUGGACACAGCUACUGUAUGAACUGUAUUAAAAGCCACUGGGAUGAAGAGGAUCGGAAGGAGAUCCACAGCUGUCCUCAGUGCAGACAGACCUUCAUACCGAGGCCUGUCCUGGUGAAAAACACCAUGUUAGCUGAUUUAGUGGAAGAUCUGAAGAAGACUGGACUCCAAGCUGCUCCAGCUGAUCACUGCUAUGCUGGACCUGAAGAUGUGUCCUGUGAUUUCUGCACUGGAAGGAAGCUGAAAGCUGUCAGGUCAUGUCUGCAGUGUCUGGUUUCUUACUGUGAGCAACACCUCCAGCCUCACUAUGAAUCCCCUGCCUUUGAUAAACACAAGCUGGUCGACCCCUCCAAGAAGCUUCAGGAGAACAUUUGCGCUCAUCAUGGUAAAGUGAUGAAGAUUUUCUGUCGUACUGAUCAGCAGUGUAUCUGUUACCUGUGCUCCAUGGAUGAACAUAGAGACCAUGAAACAGUCUUAGCCUCAGCAGAACGGACUGAAAGGCAGGAAGAUCUCAGAAUGAGUCGACAAAAAAUCCAGCAGAGAAUCCAGGACAGAGAGAAAGAUGUGAAGCUUCUUCAGCAGGAGGUGGAGGCUAUCAAUCGCUCUGCUGAUAAAGCAGUGAAGAACAGCGAGAAGAUCUUCACUCAGCAGGUUCGUCUUAUCAAGAAUCGAAGCUCUGAUGUCAAGCAGCAGAUUAGAUCCCAGCAGAAAACCGAAGUCAGUCCGGCCAAAGAUCUUCAGGAGAAGCUGCAGCAGGAGAUCACUGAACUGAGGAGGAAAGACGCUGAGCUGGAGCAACUCUCAAACACAGAUGACCACAUCCAGUUUUUACAGAAUUACCCCUCACUGUCACAGAUCAGUGAAUCUGCAGGCUCACCCAGCAUUAAUAUCCGUCCUCUGCAGUACUUUGAGGAUGCAACUGCAGCAGUGUCAGAGGUCAAAGAUAAACUACAGGACAUUCUUAGUGAAGUAUGGACCAAGAUCUCCCUGACAAAGACUGAAGUUGAUGUUUUACUGCCACACGAAGAACCAAAGACCAGAGAUGAAUUCUUACAAUACUCACGUCAAAUCACACUGGAUCCAAACACAGCACACACGCAGCUGUCAUUAUCUGAAGGGAACAGAAAAGCAACAGUGGCGAGAAAAAAACAGUCCUAUUCAAGUCAUCACGACAGAUUUACUGACAUGUUUCAGGUCCUGAACAGAGAGAGUCUGAGUGGACGUCACUACUGGGAGGUAGAGAGGAGCAGAUAUGAAGUUUCAGUAGCAGUUGCAUACAAGGAUAUCAGCAGAACAGGAUAUGAAAGUGGAUUUGGAAAUGAUGACAAGUCUUGGGCAUUAGAGUGCUUCAACUACAGUUAUGAAUUCAGACAUGACCGUGUUAAAACUUUAAUCCCAGCCCCCCAGUCCUCAAAAAUAGGAGUGUACCUGGAUCACAGUGCAGGUGUUCUGUCCUUCUACAGCAUAUCUGAAAGCAUGACUCUGCUCCACAGAGUCCAGACCACAUUCACUCAGCCCCUCUAUGCUGGACUUGGUGUUUUUUCUUCAGACAGUAGCGGAUCUACUGCUGAGUUCUGUAAGCUUGAGUAGAUAGCAUUUAAGAGGAACAGUUCAGAGGCUUCAUGAUUCAGGUAUUACCUUUUCUUUUUGAUUCAAUCUGAUUAUGGAUAUGAUUCAUGAACUAUAAGCAAGGACUGUACAACCAUUCCCUAAACAUAAAGCCAAAUACAUCUUUCAACAGACAUCAUUACGGUUUUGACUUGUGAGGUAUUUCAGGGGAAUUUUGCAAAGUUUGCUGUAGCUGCACUUCUUCCUUUGUUUUGUUAUUUGUGGUUGUUGUCAGUCAUGGUUAGAGUACAUAACACAGAAAACUCCAUAAAUGAAGGUUGUUGUCUUUCUCCACACUAAUGCUUUGUUUUUUUCUAUAUUCCAAAAGUAUUAUCUUCAGACACAAACUCUGAUUCGUAGUGCACUUAUUACACUAUGUAUUACCUUUGUUUACAAUAGAACAGUGUUUAAAAUAGGGUUGAAUCCAGAAAUAAUGUAACAUGUUAAACGCACCCUUACUUACAGUGUUCCAUUAUUUGAUGUAAACAUUAGCACUUUGAUUUUUGAUUAGAUUUUAGGAUUUAUGAUCGUUGUGUAAAACUGUCAUGAAAAGCACUUUGCAAAUAAACUAAAUUUGGCUCACUUGA